AUGGUAAAAUGUAAUGUUGGUGCAGGUUUUAAUACUACAAGGGGUAGGGGUACUACUAACAGGGGCUGGUGUAUGAGAGAUUAUACGAGGAGUUUUAUGUUCGCAGGUGCAAUUUGGGAUUUUGGCCACUAUCCAAUUCUUGAAGCAGAAGCUUUGGCUCUAAAAGAGGCUAUUCAUAGUGCCAUAGAGAUGCAACUGGAGAAUGUCAUUUUUGAAAGUGAUUCCCAAAGAACGGUUCAUGCUAUUCAUACCAAUCAUAAUGGAUUCUCGGAAUUUAAUUUUAUUAUUUCUUUUAUUCAUAGUUUGUUGCAUAACUUUCCUAACUUCGAGGUGAAAUUUGUAAAACGCCAAGCGAAUGCGGUUGCUCACUUCAUAGCAAAGGCGGCCGAUUCUUGGUCUAGGCGUAGUUUAUUUCAUAUGAUUCCUCUUUGUAUUGAACAUCUUUUGCUUAAUGAUAUGAGUUGA